AUGAAGGCCAUCAAAGUCGUCGGGUACCAUCAAAACCUGAAAAUGGACGAGAGUCCACAGCCAGAGGUUACAGGUCCUCUCGAUGUCAUUGUCAAGAUCGGUGCGGCGGGCGUUUGCAGGUAUAUAUCUCGAGACCCCUUCAUCUCCCGCCUCACGAAUUGCUAUAGAAUAACUAACACACGCUCCCUCUCCAGAACCGACAUCCACAUCCUCGAAGGCCAAUGGGAAUCCAAAUCCGGCGUCAAACUCCCCUACACCAUCGGGCACGAGAACGCCGGCUGGGUGCAUGCCAAAGGCGAAGCCGUCACGGGUCUGAACAUCGGCGACGCCGUCAUCCUCCACCCCCUGGUAACCUGCGGCCUCUGCCGCGCCUGCCGCUUCGGCGACGACGUGCACUGCGAGAAUUCCACCUUCCCGGGCAUCAACGUCGACGGAGGCUACGCGGAAUACAUGAAGACCACGGCGCGCAGCAUCAUCAAGCUCGACCCGAAACUGCAACCGGCUGACGUCGCCGCGCUCGCGGACGCCGGCCUCACGGCGUACCACGUCGUCGCCAAAGCCGUCCGAUCUCUGCGUCCCGCGGGCGACUUCGUCGUCAUGAUCGGCGCCGGAGGCCUGGGACACAUCGGCAUCCAAUGCAUGAAAGCCGUCUCGGGAGCGACGCUCAUCGUCAUCGACCGCAACGCCGAAGCCCUCGCGCUGGCCAAGAAAAUCGGCGCAGACCAUACCCUCCUCGCCGACGAUUCGGAGAAUUUCGUCCAGCGCGUCCUGGACCUCACGUCGGGCCACGGCGCCGAAGCGGUCAUUGAUUUCGUCGCCGAGAACGGCACCACGACUUCCGGAGUGAAAAUGCUGCGGCGAGCGGGCAAUUACUACGUCGUCGGGUAUGGCGAGAACAUCAACAUCCCUACGAUCGACAUCAUCUCCGCCGAGAUCAAUUUCAUCGGGAAUCUGGUCGGGAGCUAUAAUGAUCUUGCGGAAUUGAUGGUGCUGGCCGCGCAGGGCAAAGUGGUGUUGCACACGAGUAAGUAUAAAUUGGAAGACUUUCAGAAGGCGAUUGAGGAUCUUCAGGAGGGGAGGGUCAGGGGGCGGGCGAUUUUGGUUCCGUAG